UCAAUAAUUAUUGUAAAAGAGUAUAUUCAAUAACUAUUGUAUAAGAGUAUACUCAAUAAUUAUUGUAUAAGAGUUUACUCUAGUGUAGAAGUAAAAGAGUAUACCCUAAUGUAAAGAUGUAUCCUAUAGUACCACUAUACAAUGUGACACUAAUUUCCCGCCAUAAUCAAUGACCAACGGCUUACUUCUGUUCAGCAUAUUAGCAUGACUGUGCCGUUGCAUUCGUCAAUGUGCUAACUAACAAACUAAUCAAAUUACGAACUCGCAAUUCAGAAUUCACGACGUCAGCGAUCGGGUAUCCGAGGCCGAUAGGAAACAAUACGUCGGUGCGUCAUUCGGUCACGCUCACCUCCCGCAAGUCACGCGUCUGAUAGCUAAUCGCAAUGGCACAAGACGCCGACGAUGAGCGGCGCUCGUUUUUAAACAAAGUCAGCAGUUGCAUCGAGCAUGCACUCGAGACAUUCUUCUACAAGCUUGGCUCUGUCAUUGGCUUGCAUCCUGUCUGCACUGUUGUGGCCGUGCUGCUGGUUGCCGGGUCGCUCAUGGUCGGUCUCUUGCGCUUCCAGCAGGAAAGUCGUCCCGAAGAGUUGUGGAUUCCGACCAACGUCGACACCGUCGAUCAGAUGAACUUGGUUUACUAUUACUUUCCUGUGGUUUCCCGCGACAGUUACUUGAUCGUGACGUCUACAGAGAAGGGAAACGUUCUGACGCCGACUGCAAUGCGAAAGUUGUACGAAUUACACGAGUCAAUGGUCAGUAUUGCAUCAGUAGGAAGUCAAUUUUAUCAGAAGUACAACAUUUCUUGGGAUCACCUUUGCAUCAGGCGUAACCCAAGGCAUUGUUGGAUUUCCAGCAUUUUGAGUCUGUGGGAGUUUGAUAAAGAGAGAAUUCAUCGUCUGACAGAGAAUGAUAUAUUAUCAGAACUGAACAAGAAGAACCUUACGGACCCUUGGAACGGUGGCAUGUUUAUGAUGAAUCAACAAAUAGGUGGUAUCAUCUAUGGCAGAAACCAUGAAAUCAUUGGUGCUAAAGCUCUGCAACUAGUUUACCGAAUAUAUGGUAAUGAUACGCUCGACAAGACUAUCGGUGACUGGGUGGAUGGUCGUGGAAAUGACUUUGAUAGUGAAGUGAACAAACUUAGGCAAAAGAGGCAUGAUGGUUUUCAUACAUCUUUGAGCACAAUAUACGGAAUAAUUGAAGAGUCAAACAAAGCAGCUGAAAAUGAUUUUUCUAUGUUGGCUGGUGGCUUUUUACUCAUUGUUGUUUAUCUUUGCAUUAAUCUGGGACGACUGACUCUUGUGAAGCACAAACUAUGGCUUUCAAUUGGUGGUGUUAUCAGCACUGGUCUUGGUAUUGCUGUCUCAUUUGGUGUGUGCAGUGCGUUUGGACUGUUUUAUGGUCCUGUGCAUACUGUGCUGCCGUUUCUACUUCUUGGUGUGGGAGUGGAUGAUAUGUUUGUAAUUUUGUCAUCUUGGGAAAAUUUGCCUGAGAAGAUUCAUAAGGAAAAGAGCAUCAGUGAACGAAUAGGGCUGACUCUGAAAGAAGCGGGGGUGUCAGUGGCAGUUACGUCAUUGACCGAUAUGGUAGCAUUUCUUGUUGGAGCAUCUACUGUUUUGCCGGCUCUGAAGUCGUUCUGUAUUUUUGCUGGUGUGGGAGUCUUGUUCGAUCUGAUAUUUCAAAUCACCUUUUUUACAGCUCUUCUGGCUAUUGAUGGAAUGAGAGUUGAUGCUCGACGUGAUGCCUGCUUGUGUUGCAAGUUGUCUGACAAUUAUCAGGAAACGAAAUGCUGUUGGACAUGGUGGCCAUUUCAAUCUGGUUGGCUCAAGCGGUUCAUAGGAGAUGUGUAUGCGCCGACACUAAUGAAACUACCAGUCAAGAUUACAGUUAUUGUGGUUGCUGUGGUGCUAUUUGGUAUCAGUACCUAUGGUGUGACUUUGUUGGAACGAAAGUUUGAUUUCAAGUGGUUUCUACCAUCAGGAUCUUACAUUCUGGACUAUUUUGAGAAUGAAGACAUGUAUUUCCCUAUGGUUGGAUCAAGAGUUGCAGUAUAUACUGGGUAUGUAGACUACGAACAUCAAACCGACCAACUAAACGAGUUGGGGUUAAUUAUUCAAAGCAAUGAAUACAUCGACUCGACUAGUGUCGAUUACUGGUACUUUGGAUAUGAAAAAUGGCGAAAGGAAAAUUCUGUUCCAAAACCGAGCGAUCCGUUUAGUUUCUCUGCAGUCGUCGGUAUGUAUCUCAACACUUCCAAUGGACGACGACAUCAAUCAGAUGUGAAAUUUAAUGACGAGUAUGGAGUUGUUAUGGCCACUCGAUUGAUUGCCAAUCACAGGAAACUUGUCGAUACCGAUGACAAAGUGAAUGCUAUGGUCAGCCUGCGUCGUGCAGCUGCAUCAGUGGAGCUGACUCCGGAGAGGGCGUUUGUCUACGCGGAUAGUUACCUCGAUCUUGAAGCAGAUCUUGUGAUUCGUAACGAGCUGCUUCGAAACAUUGGUCUGGCCAUGGUGGGCGUGUUUUUCGUCACUCUCCUACUCAUUGCAAACAUUUGGUCGUCUCUUUUAGUUCUUGUUUGUGUCCUGCUGACAUUGGUCAAUACUGCUGGUAUGAUGCAUUUCUGGGGUUUGACAAUAGACGUAUUUACGGCGGUUAUUUUGACCAUGUCUAUUGGUUUGGCUGUUGAUUAUUCAGCUCACGUUGCGCACGGCUAUUUGGUUCCAAAUGAAUCCGCCAAGACAAGCAACGAACGUGCCAUUAUGGUUCUUCGUACGAUUGGCACAGCCGUUUGGAAUGGAGGAUUUAGUACGUUCUUGGCGUUUGUCCUGUUGGCAAACUCUCAAUCAUACAUGUUCAGCGCUUUUUUCAAAGUGUUUUUCCUAAUCGUUUUGUUCGGACUGUUUCACGGCUUGUGUUUUCUUCCCGUUGUCCUCAGCCUCAUUGGCUCCUCUCCGUAUUCCUACUCUCUUCUGGACACGGACAACGGCCAGAAUGUAAAACCAACCACAGCAGAUGGUGAAGAUGAUGCUAAAGUUGAUCCUGUGCAUGGACAUAGUGACUACAAACUAGAAGCGUCCUAUUUUGCUACUUCAGUGUAACUGCGAGGCUGACAACAGGAAUGGAAGCGGUCGUGUGAGCUCAGUGUUAGCUAAAUAUAUUGCACUUAGCAGAGAAGAAGUAUUCAUCACAUUUACACAAGUUCAGAUGAUAAAUCAGACGCAUUCUAAUAUGUGGGAACAAAGCUAGUGGAGACAUUUCCUUGCAUUUGCAUGUUGUUUUGUUUUGAACUUGGAAUUGAUGUGGUUACUUAAAAUUGUUUGUUGCCGUUUACAUCAUUUUGUAUACUUGUUAGUAUGCACACGCGUUUAUUUUAUAACAUUUGAAUCAAUCGAUUGGGAA